AUGGGCGACUUACUAGCGCUCCGGUCGGAUGCGUACGAGGCUGCCGGAGGCCGCGUCGUACUCGCACCUGAGCGAGAAGGCGUGCCGCCUCUCGUCCUGCUGGACGCCUCGUACUCAUCCUCCGAUAGCCUCGACGCGCUCAUCCCAGACGGCGCGCCUUCGCUGCUGCGGUGCACGAGACUCACCAUCGAGGGCCCGUUUACCCUGGCGAGCGGUGUCGUCUUCGAAGGCGACGUCAGGCUCACGAACGGCUCAGGGCGGGUGCGACAGCUCCCGGCCGGAACGUACAAGGAUGCUCACGUGAGAGAGUGA